AUGCAGUUACUGAUACCCGGUUGGAAACCAACAGACGCCCCUGUAUUUGAUCCCGAAAGGAAAUUGGACUUCAGCAAAAAGAAUGGCCGUCUAAAUUGGCUGCUGAAGACUCGUCCUGACAUCAAGUUCCCCGUAUACCGCGUUCUACGCAAGAACAUGGCUCCCAAUGAGAACGAUAUGAACGCGACGCUAACCAUAUUCAGGUUCUUGAUAAAAAAUCCCGAAUCUGAUCUCGUUUUAGGACGCGAUCCCGAAGGUCCCCUAUACGGAUAUAUCGAUUUAUCCCAUGCAGAUUGCGAGAAAUCCCGCUCCACUGAGGCGUUCAUCUUCUUCUACAGAGGACCCCCAAUCUUUUGGCAAAGCAAGAAGCAAUCGAUCGUGGCCCCUAUCUCGUCUAUCGCUGAAUCUAUCGCGUGGGACGCUACAACCAAACAGGCCAUGUAG